CUGAUGAGUGUACACUUGCUGUCACGCGCUAGUAUUGUGACUGGCUGUUCGUUUAAAGUCUGUGGCUAAACUUCAUAUUAUCAGACUUUUAGGCUUUUAAGGGUAAACAUUUUGAACAAAAUGUACACUGGAUGUAGGUAUACACGUCGCGGGCUAAACAGCUAAAUGUGGAGUACUGUUGAGUGUGAAAGAAAGGUUUGGAUUUUGGUCAUUUGACCACCUUAAACGAAACAAGCAUACCAAGCCAUGGCGCGCAGGGAUACAAACGAGAGCACCCCUCUUUUGGAGAACUCUGUGACUUCAACCAGAUCAGAGUCAGUGUUUAUAGGCAGGAGACUAGCAUGCGCUGCUGUGCUCGUGACAGAGUCUUUAGAGAGAAUGGCUUUUUAUGGCAUCACCUCAAACCUGGUACUCUUCCUCAACCAUAGCCCCUUCUACUGGGAGGGCACAUCGGCCAGCCAGGCACCGUUGAUGUUCAUGGGCGUCACUUAUUUGAUAUCACCCUUUGGUGGAUGGCUGGCAGAUGCUUGCCUUGGCAAGUUCCUAACCAUAGCUUUGAGUUUAGUCCUCUACUUGAUCGGAAUGCUGCUUUUCCCAUUUGUGUCUAGCGAUAACACCAUGAAUUAUCUGUGUGGAGAAGAGAUGGCAUUCCCGGUACAGCCAGCAGAGUGUUUUCCUGUUAACGGAACUGUGCCCGCCAAUGUCACCUGCAUCAAUCGAACGCCAUACUGUAGGCCUGCCAUCUACAGUGGCCUGGUGAUGGUGGCGCUUGGGGUCGGAGCUGUGAAAUCAAACAUCACUCCAUUCGGGGCAGAUCAGGUGAAAGAUCAAGGUCCAGAGGCAACUCGGCGGUUCUUUAACUGGUUCUACUGGUGCAUUAAUCUGGGAGCAAUCUUCUCACUAGGUGGCAUAGCCUACAUUCAGCAGAACAUUAGCUUCUCAAUUGGCUACAUCAUCCCUGCUGUCUGUCUCGGCGUGUCCCUCUUUGUCUUUCUUUUGGGACGUACGGUUUUCAUCACCAAGCCUGCAGAUGGAAGUGCCUUCAGUGACAUGUUCAGGAUCCUGGGCUCCGCCCUUUGUGGACGUGGCCCAAAAGAACCCAGUCUGCUCAGGCCAAAGCCAACUCUGUUGGACGGUGCCAAGGUGACGUACGGUGGGCGAUUUCCAGAGGAGAAAGUUGAGGAAGUGAAAUCUUUGGUUAAAAUACUUCCUGUUUUCUUGGCCCUUAUUCCAUACUGGACCGUGUACUUCCAGAUGCAGACCACUUAUUAUCUCCAGAGCCUCCAUCUGAGAAUUCCUGGUGCUGAUCCCAACAUGACAGACUAUAGCCCGAACACCUUUCAUUUCCCAGCGGCUUGGCUAACAAUGUUUGAUGCUGUGCUGAUCCUGAUGCUGAUCCCACUCAAGGAUAAAGUGAUAGACCCCCUUCUGAAACGCAAGGGCCUGGUGCCCUCGCCUCUGAAGAGAAUCGCUGUGGGCAUGUUCUUUGUGAUGUGUUCAGCUGUGGCGGCUGGCAUUUUGGAAACAAAGAGGCUGGAGAUCGUCCACACACAAGAUCCCAUCCAGCAGACGGUUGCUGAAGCUACCUACUAUGCAGCAGAUCUGGCUAUAUGGUGGCAGGUGCCUCAAUACUUCCUUAUUGGCGUCAGUGAAGUCUUUGCUAGUAUUGCAGGUUUGGAGUUUGCGUACUCUGAGGCGCCGCGCUCUAUGCAAAGCGCUAUAAUGGGCUUGUUCUUCUUCUUCUCUGGCAUCGGCUCAUUCGUGGGAUCUGGACUUCUUGCAUUGGUCUCUCUUAGAGUCAUUGGCUGGAUGUCCUCACACACAGACUUUGGAAACAUCAAUGACUGCACACUGAAUUACUACUUCUUCCUCCUGGCGGCCAUUCAGGGAGUUACCCUCCUCGUCUUCCUCAUCGUAUCUGUGAAGUAUGACAAACAGAAACCUAAAGCAGGGAGCCACAGAGCCUCUCUGGCCAACUCAUGACCACAAUCAUGAAACACAGCAGUGCUCCUCCACCGCCAAAAAGUGUGCCACGACAUUGGCCCUUAGUAUUUUAAAAGUGGAGGUAGGCUUUAAAAUAAUUCACUCAAAACUCAAACCCAUUUUAUUUUCUUAAACUGACCUUUCACUGGUGACUUUUAAUACUUUACAAUUUGACCAAAAGCAAGUCAAGUGAUCGUUUGCUAAAUUGUUUAUAUAUUAAAUUAGACAAUUCACUCCAUCAGCAAACUUUAAUAUGCAUGUUUGUUAUAGAGUGUAAUUUUUUUGUGCAUUUAUUCCUUUUUUUUUUAUGUUAGUGAAUGAUUUUAUUUACUGAGUCAAAAAAAUAGAUGUUUUGGAGUUUACAACAGGGGUAAAAAAAUGUUUUCUUGAAUAUUUGGAUAUUUAUUAAAUCUUUUGAUUGUGGUUUGCACUGAACAAGGUAAGGCUGUACACUGUUGUUUUUACACAUCUUGUCAGAUGUAUUAAAAUUUGUCUUUUUGGGCAUGUUUGUGGUACUUUUUAAAUGGUUUUUAAGCAAGUACUUUUUAUUGAUUAACACUUCUCUCCAUAUAUGCAGUCUAGGAACUAUUUGCACUGUAUAAUGUUACUGUGGUCACUUAUUAAUACUAAUGUCUACUAAAACAGCAAUAUGAUUUUCUAUUCAAUAUUGAAAAUGAGUAUCCAGUGAAGUGACUUAUUACUGAGUACGUACAGUAACGUCAAGGUAGUUAAUUUUAAAACUGAAAAUUGUUGUUUAAAAACGCUGUCCUUUAGCACUUCGAUUAAACCUGUACCAGAUGUAUGGCAUUAUUUGAAAUUCUCAUUUUCUUAGUAUUCUGUGAGCUUGUUUUAAUGAUUUUGUGUCGUAAUGUCAAACCCUUAUAAUGGUUAUAUGUUACAAAUCAUAACAUCAGACAUCAUAAUACAUUUGCUGGUAUUAUAAUGUUCACUGCUCAGUUGAUGUCUUCUACUGCUAUCUUUUUGCAAAUGCAGUCUUUGUAAGAGUCUUGCUGCUUAUUUGUAAUAGUCUGUGACUUUUAUAGGAUUAUACCAUUCAAUGUCUUUUAAUAAUAAAGAAACCUCAAGGUGAAGUUAUGACGUGAAAUUAAAUUUGUACCAAUCUCUGGUAUAUUUGAAAUCAUGAAUUUUACAUUCUGAUUUGGCAUUGUAGUGUUAACCUGUGUGUCGUGAUGCUGCAGGGUGCUGCUUGAUGUAAAUUAGCAUUAACUAAAUCUUUUUGGUGACUGAUUUAAGUUUUCUUUUGGUAACAACACUUGCAUUAUGCUUUUUUGUUGAUCUUUUUAUGUGUUGUCACAUGUAGGUAGUUUGUAGGGUUUGAGCAACAGUUUGUCAAAAGUCACAGAUUGUGCCUUUAAUGCUAAAGUUGACCUCCAUCAAUGUGAUGCAUUUCUUACUCUCACCCGUGUUUAUCUCAAAAACAUAAACAACCUGAUAACAAUAUGAUGACUGUUAUAAAAAUCCUUUAGGUCUGUUUUUGUUAUUACACUCUCAGAAAGAAAGGUACAAAAGUUGUCACUAGGGUGGUACCUUUUCAAAAAGUACACAUUUUUACCUAAAGGUUGCAUAUUAGUACCUCAAAGUUACAUAAUGGUACCAAAUGUAUACAUAUUUGUACCUAAAUAUAAAAUUAGACCUUUUAAAAUGGUACCAUCACAGUGACUGCUUUUUUUUAAAUCUGAGAGUGUGUAGAAGGUAUACAGUAUUUAAAAAGCUUAAAAAAUGUUUGCUAAGCAAAGCCAUGUUUGUUUUCAUAAAAUUGUAAAUUCUCUUAAACAUUUGAGUGUCUAUGAAAUGAAAUACUGUAGUGAAUCUAUCUUUUCUCUGUAUUUCUUGCUUGAAAGGCAAUAAAUGAUCUGUUUUUACUU